GGGUUGGGAGAUCUUGUUCAAGCCGAACGGGCAUUGCGUAUCGCGUUAGCCUACGAGUCCAAUCAUCCUGAGGCGUAUACAAAUUUGGGUGUUCUUGCCGAGUAUCGAGACGACACGGAUUCGGUAAGUCGGUAA